AUGAACCGCAGUGCCCAUCAAUUGGCGGAAUUCGCUUUGCUGUUCCUAUCCACAGAUCCUAAUGAUUGGGAUUUUCCUUCAAGCCAAGCAAGGGCCUCCGCCUUGUUACCUACAACCCUUCCAGACAAUCACGUUCUCUGCUCCGUGUCAUCCUUCGGCUUGGAGAAGCGAAAACAUCAUUCUGGCACGCUAUCCAAAGAAUCACUGGCUGUUGACAUAGCCACAAGUUUCGAUGAUGAGCUACAAUUUGCGACAUCGGAUAUGCAAGCGCUAGGGCCAACCAUUACACGCAAUAUCUUGCAGUCUUUCAUGACAUUGGUCGACUCUCGUGUCAGAUCCACGGUUCAAGCCUUGUACAAACAUGCACAGCACGACUCAUCCCAAAGACUAAUGCAGAUAUUACAAACGCUCUCUACAAUGUCCGACAGCAUUGUGACUCCUACAAAGGCCAGUAGUAGGACUCAAGUCGUUGAAGGUGGCAUCUGCCCGAGAGGGGGGGAGAUUAGUGCUCCAGUUCUCAUGGAAACCAUUAUUGAAGUUGAAAUUAUGGGGGAGCAGCUUUCUGUUGUGCUGGAAGCCGCAGGAACAAUUAUAGCGAUGAUCGAACCGUUUCCUUCAGCAAAGAUUGUUCGGGCAAAGGUUGCUUUCGAUACCUCGUCCUUCCUGAAGACACUAAUGGCAAACGCAAGAGACUGCGUCAAGUACGCAACCAAGAGACUUUUUGAGGUCUUCCUUUCACCAUCUAAUAACAUUCAAGAUACACAAGCCAUGGAUUCUCGAUCGAUGCUCAAUGGCAACAAAAAGAGAUCUAGAAGAACCUGUAAAUUAGAGAAGAAAGGCAGCUUGCCUCGCCUUUCUCCUGCAUUCAGAACCAUGAGAGCCCGUGAACCAAGACUACAGAGCAAGUUGCAAAGCAGUUAUUUGAAUGGAAAGAGUCUAAGCGGGGUCGAUCUCUUGAAAAUGGCAGCGGAAUGCCUGGCUUAG